AUGGGAAAAGCACCAAAUAAAAAAUUCACAACCAAACCAAACCCAACUGGUAAUACAGUAGCAGCAGAUAAACACUUAAAUUCAGUUUUCAAAUUCAAUACCAAUUUAGGCCAACAUAUCUUAAAAAACCCUUUGGUGGCUCAAGGUAUAGUAGAUAAAGCACAAAUAAGACCAAGUGAUAUAGUUUUAGAAGUUGGUCCAGGUACAGGUAAUUUAACAGUACGAAUAUUAGAAAAAGCUCGUAAAGUAAUAGCAUCAGAAAUGGAUCCAAGAAUGGCUGCUGAAUUAACUAAAAGAGUUCAUGGUACACCACAAGAAAAAAAAUUAGAAAUUAUACUAGGAGAUUUUAUAAAAAUGGAUUUACCAUAUUUUGAUAUAUGUAUAUCAAAUACUCCUUAUCAAAUAUCAUCACCUUUAGUUUUCAAAUUAUUAAAUCAACCAAGACCACCUCGAGUAUCUAUACUAAUGUUUCAACGUGAAUUUGCAAUGAGAUUAGUUGCUAAACCAGGUGAUGAAUUAUAUUGUAGAUUAUCUGCAAAUGUUCAAAUGUGGGCUAAUGUAACUCAUAUAAUGAAAGUUGGUAAAAAUAAUUUUAGACCACCACCACAAGUUGAAUCUAGUGUUGUUAGAAUUGAAAUUAAAAAUCCAAGACCUAAUAUUGAUUUUAAUGAAUGGGAUGGACUUUUGAGGAUUGUAUUUGUUAGAAAAAAUAAAACAAUUGCUGCUGGUUUCAAAUCUUCUAAUGUUAUUGAUAUAUUAGAAAAAAAUUAUAAAACAUAUUUAUCAACACAAGAAAAUGGAGAUGGAAUGAAUAUUGAUUAUAAUUCAAAUUUAAAAGAUAUUAUAAAAGAAAAAAUUACUAAAGUAUUAACAGAAACUGGAUUUUCUGAUAAAAGAGCUGGGAAAUUAGAUCAAACUGAUUUUUUAAAAAUGUUAUAUGCAUUUCAUCAAGUUGGUAUACAUUUUGCUUAA